GUGUGAACCAGCAGACACUCGGGAGGUCCACAGUUCUCGCUCCACACCCGCGCCGUUCACUCGUCCCUACUACCGUGUGAAACAUAAAAAAAAACGAACUGAAACGAAGAAGCGACAAAGAAAACGAAGAAGCGACGAAGAAAACGGGAAUAAACAAGAAAACGGGAAUAGACUAAAACAGAAAACGGGAAUCGAAAAACACCAAAGAAAACUAUAAUAACUAAACAAUGAGACGAGUUUUAAGUUCCUGUGGUCAGUGUCUUGUUACCUGUGACCUUCUUGCACGGACACACUGAAAUAUCAACAAUACUGAUAAUAAAUAGAAAAAAAAAUACAUUAAAUAUAUAAAUAAAAGAAUAAAGAAGGAAAGAAGGAGAAAGAAAGGUUAUAUACUAGGAACAAGAGAUAAAGUUUUGGUAGUGUUGGCGGCCAUUGUGGAUCUGUGGGGUGUUGUUGUUCGUGUGUUACAAGAUGGCGUCAGAUAUCGGUGUUCAGCUGGUGGUGUUGUUGGGGUUAUUGUGCUGGUGUUGGGCUGACCACCACGAGAGGUGUGAGGAAGGCUGGACAGGACCCGAGUGUGAGGUGGCCCUGUGUCCGGCCGGGUGCCAUCCUAUCCACGGCAACUGCACCCGACCCGGCCAGUGUGUGUGUGUCCCAGGUUGGCGAGGACGACAGUGUAGAGAGUGUGUACCUCGGGCGGGGUGUCAACACGGCUCCUGUACCGACACCAACGACUGUCUCUGUCACCCUGGAUGGUCGGGGCCUCUGUGUGCCAGACCGGUGUGUGAGGAAGGCUGCCACUCUGUCCACGGAUACUGUCAUGUUCCCGGCGAGUGCAAGUGCCGCGUCGGGUACUCUGGCCCAACCUGUCAUGAGUGUCAGGCCCCGACAGGCUGCCUCAACGGGUUCUGUACUAAACCUCUCGAGUGCAAGUGUAACCCUGGAUGGUCGGGUCCACUCUGUGAUACACCUGUGUGUGCCGAGGGCUGCAGCGAGAAACAGGGAUACUGCACCAAGCCGGGGGAGUGUAGGUGUGAGGUGGGGUGGUGGGGAGAGCGGUGUAACCUGUGCUUCCCCUACCCAGGCUGUGAGCACGGCACCUGUGAGAAGCCGUGGGAGUGUGUGUGUGAAGCAGGGUGGUCGGGCAUGCUCUGUGAUACACCUGCGUCAGGCGGCGCCUUCUGUGGGACUCACCGGGGUUGGUGCCUCAACGGUGGCACUUGUAUCGACGUCCCCGGCGGCCGUAACUUCACCUGCUCCUGCCCGUCGCUCUUCACGGGUCAGCGCUGUGAUUACCUGGCCGACCUGACCUCUGACGCUCCAGCUGCUGACCCCGGCGGGAUCCUCUCCACGGGGACGCGACACAACGUUCGGGUCAUCUCCCCUGACAACUCCUCCCCGUCAGGCACGUACUCCCUCACACAACCCACCACCAGCAACAUUUCUAAAGACACGGACGAGGUCACGGACGCCACGGAGGAGGUCAAAGUCGAAGAGGACCCCAAGGACGUCAGACGUAGGUUCCUGCAGAAACACGCCCGAAUAUCCUUCCGUCAACCCAAACUGGCGAGUAGCGAGGAGCAGUCCAGUAAGCUGCCCUACAUGGUGGUGGAGAGGAAGUUGCUGCCGCUGCCGGUGGUGCUGCCCCGAGUGAGUGACAUCAUCCCCAGGGACCAGAUGUUGGCCCACAAGCUCAACAAGCAGCCCACACCCAUACUCAUCCUGGGAGACUCAGACAACACCCAAGACAACUCCAAGACGAUGAGGUACUCCCUGCAACAGCAGACCGAGACCUCUGGGAGAAACCAGAUCAGUGAGAACAGACGGUUUCUCCGACACCAGCAGGGGUCACCAGGUUUCAUUUCCAGUGUGGGAGAGAACAGGAACGGCCCGGCGCCGCCUCACGGGGGGCCGGUACUGGUGAAGGUCCUCAAUUCUCAGCGUCGACCCAUACUGGUGAGCGCCCAGGCCAGGGCGCUACCCAGACGGAACCCCAUGACUCCCGCCACCCUCAGGACCCACAAGAGACCCAGACAACAGUCCCAGGCCCAUAUGAAGCCUCCCACCACCACUACCACUACCCCCUCAACCACCAAGACUACUACCACAACUACUACAGAGCCCCCCACCAGACCAACUACCAAGCCAUCCACUUGGCCCCCCACUAGGCCAAGCAUCUGGCCUACUACCUGGCCAUCCUCUCACGCCACGACGCCCAUUUUCCAAGAGCCAUUUACCUUCACAGCGAGAACAUCACCGCCAUCCUCCAGACUCCCCUCACCCUCCCCCGGGACCCCAGUCGCUUUACCCUUCACCUCGGCAGAUCUUGGUCCUCCUGAAGACUUCGUCGCCUUGGAGGGUCGUGAGAGCAUCAUCCGGACUUAUUACGACGAGAACGCGAACGGUCGUGUCCACAUCGGCGACAUCAGUAGGGUGGACGAUGCGGCUCCCCACGACGAGAUCUUUGACGCCUUCAUCGAACUGAAGAAAGUGUGAUGCGAGUGACGCCAUAACGUGACGUAAUAUGUAUAGUGUAGUGUAGUGACAUGACGACGCACCAUGCCUUACGCAGUGUACGAACUUGAUAAUGAGAGUAUGUAGUGCGUAAAACAAUACAUGGUUGACUCUUUGUGUUGGCCGAGUGUUUGACCUAUUAUCUGAGCAGUGUAAAGUGACGCUUGACAAUGUGACCACCACCACCACCGCACAGCCAGGCCACCAUCGCACAGCGAGGCCACUACCGCACAGCGAGGCCACCACAACACAGCAA